AUGAUGUUUCGGCAGCAGCCUCACCCGACGAAACUCGAUAGUCACCACAGAAAGAAUACUGACCGGCCUCCAGCUACCACUGUGGCUAUUAGCGAUAGCAGUGAAAGCAACGACGGUAGUGACUCGGACGACCAGGAGUGGCCUAUAAAGUGUAUCCUGCGUGAAACAGACACCAAGUAUCUUAUUGAUUGGGAAGGUCCUUACGAUCCAACCUGGGAACCCAAAGAGAACGCGAGUGAGCUUGCUGUACGGGUCUGGAACAAGCGGAAAGCUCGGCGAUCAAGUGAGCGAAAAUCGACGCGUGAGAGAAUUACUCAAUCGCCCUGCAUAAUCGAGGUGUCUUCCUCAUCCCCAGAUGCAAAUAUAGGACCAGAGGACCGCUACCGCACACCCUUCGAUGAGAGCGAGCAGAAGGACGCUCACAUUGACAAAAAUUCCAGAGCUUCGUCAUCGCUAUUUGUGCAACAAGAGGGCCUUUCAGAGAUAGUAGAAUCUCUUCAGUCUCAGUUCAUUGAAGCCUCGGGCUGCUUUAACGGGACGACCUCUCCAUUCCAAUCUCUCAAAGAUUGGUCUUCGCCCCUGGCGGCUGCAUCAACAAACUCCCGCUCUCCGGCCGACCUCGCGUUUUUUGAAUAUAUCCCCGAGUCAUCUCUUCCACCUGAAUACCUGCAACCAGGUGAGUGGGACGACGUCAUUACGCGGCAGCCUGGUCCAACUUUUGAUUCAAAGGCCGAUUCGAUUGAUAGCUGCUCAUCGCAUCGACAGCACACUGCGGCCAUCGACAACGUGCCUGAAUUCUCAUAUCCUAACACGCCGGGUCUUGGUCUUAGAUCUAAGGUAUCCGAAAUAGCUGAGACGCCUGCUCAGCUGCCAGGUUCAGGAGCUGACCUAUCGUACCUCGGCACUUUCCCUCUUGACAACACUGCAUCUCACAACAACUUGACUUCUCAAAAUCUUCGCUUGUGUGGCCCCAUCGUCAUAGACGCCGAGUUUGUCCAGUCAACCUAUUUGAGCUCCAUCCCAGAGAGCGUUUGUCACUACCUGUCACAGCACCCAGAAAACUUCGGUGCUGAGGGUUCCACUCGACAAGUGCUUUCUUUCUCUAAUCUUGUGGAAGAAGAACUAUCUACCGAAAUCAUGGAAGACAAAGAACCCAAGCAAUCGGAUCCUUCUCUCUCCGAUGCUCCUCUGGACCGAUACAGUCAAUUGUCAGGGUCCACUCCUGCAGAAAAGAUGCGGAAUGCUUGGGCCCAACUCUGCCAAGAGAAUCAAUCGCAAGCCGCUAACGCUGUCGAGACACCAUCUUCCGUUGGAGAUAUUGAAGCUUCGAUUCCUUUGUCUGUCCCCGAAACAACUGCACCGCUUAGUGUUAGACCCGACACAGAUUCAUUUUCCCAUUCACAUACUGCAGUCCACCACGGCCAUUCUGAACCUUUACUACCCCCAUCAGAACUAGCUCACGGGGGCCAUAUGAGCCAACCUUCACUUCAAACUAUUCACCCCAGCGCGUUGACCGUUACAGGCAUAGAUGAUGAGGUUGCGCCCGGAUCAGUUCACCUUGGGCCAUCCGAGUUUGCCGUCACCCUUCCGAUGGACUCUAGAGUGAAAGAUGACUACGAGCGAGUACUAUCAGACUCAGCUACAAGCAUACGCCGAUUCUUCGACAGCUUUCAGUCGAAUUCUCAAAUUUCCGAGCCUGAGCGAGAGGCUUUGCAUUUAAAUAUGCGAGAGGUCAUCACGCGACUGAGCAAUGUUUCAACCCAUCCAGACCUGAACAUCUCUGACCAUUUGAAAGACGCCGAUCCCGAUCUUGCAAAAGAGGCAUCCUGGGCUGAAUACUCCAGUGCAAAGUUCCUCCUACUUGGUCAUCUCAUGGAGAUUGUAGGCACGAACGAGCUCCAUCUGAUUCUUGCUGUUCAAGACGAGAAGAAACAGGCAGUUCUUGAGCGUUACCUCCAAGGAAAGGGUUUUGCAUAUACCCGACCCCGUGGAGAGAUGGGCAGCAUCUUAGAAGUUUCCCUUGCCAAGGGGUCGCUCAGCUUUGGAAUUCAUUCCAGUGAGAUCGCCCGUGAACUCUACAAGCCGCCGUCUGCUAUUUUCGCGUUGGAUUCGUAUUUCAGACCCAGAAGCCCGUCUGUACAGCACCUCCGAACUACCUAUGCUCGAAACGGGAACUUGCUUCCCGUCAUCUGGUUUCUUGUCUCCAACACAAGUGAACACAUAGAACGCUGCUUGCCAGAGUUGCCGGAGCCCGAUCGAUUGCGGUUGCUUGUGCACUACAUUGCCCGCCUCCAUGACGAGGUCGGUGAUCUCCAGGAUGAUGCCCUUGGCGUACAUGAAGACGCUGAAGAGAUUCUUGCAUACCUCUUGGAUAGUUCUACUGGCUGGCCCUUGCCUACCAUCGAGCCAUUGAAUCUUGUAUCACUGGAAGAAUUAGAGUGCUACAGCCCUUCCUCCGAUGAAGCGGUGCCGCCAACCCAGAAACGCACACUAGACGAGGAACCCGAGGAACACUCUUCGAAGCGCGCACGGGUCGGUACCCAAGAGAACAGCCAGUUGACUGAGUCAACUAAGCCCCCCAGUCAAACACUAGACCGCGAUUUGCAGUCACUAGAGAAGAGUCUUAUCCACAUGAAACACAUUCAUGCAAGUGAAAAGGCCCAGUUGCAGGCUGAGCUUGCUCGGGCAAACUCUCGUUUCCAAGAAAUGGAGAAGGCGCUAGGUAUUCUACAACACCGUUACGAGAGCCGGACGAAGGAACUCCAUGCGAUUCGCCAAGAGCGUGAUCGCGUGACUGAAACUAAGCCAUCUCUGGAACAGCGCGUUGAGAAACAAAACGAGACUAUCUCUAGUUUGAAAGAAGAACGGGCAGAGUUGAAGCACGAGCUUGAUGAAGCCAGGCAAGCACUGAAAAAUGGUGGUGGCAGUUCUGCUGAACUGGAGAAUGCACGCGAGGAAAUCCGCCGCCUGGCCAAAGAAAAUUCGAACCUCGAACGCAAGGCUGAGUUCGAGAAAAACCAAUCUGAGUAUACCCGAGAGCAAUAUCAAACUGCGUCUAAAGCAGCCGCUCAGUCCGGCACAAAUAACCGUCACUUGGCCGCUGAGAAUGAGAAACUAAAGCGCAGAGCCGAAAGCCACGCUGUUCAACUCCAUGAAUUGCACAUGAAGGAUGAGUCGGCUCGUCAUCUAGCUCGAAUUGAAGAGCUAGAAUUAACUCUUGCUGCGCGCGACGAGUUCCUACGCCGGAAGGAAGAUGAGCUUCGUGAAAUCCGGAAGAAUCGGCCAUCAACUCGUUCGACUAGCACUCAACCACGAAGCCCUAAGUGGGCCGGCAGCCGUCCGACCAGCCCAGGGGUUGGUCAUAAUGGCAACGGUAAUGGCGGUCUUGGUGGUAGGGGGAGUGCCCUACGAUACAGCUCCGAAGUGCCUUUCUGA